UUUGCUUAUCUCCAUCAACGCCAUUGUGGGCGGCACUUCUUCCGUAGUCGAUUUAAUCCGGAAUACAAGGAUAAAAAUCGGAGCUUUUUGAUCCUUUGUGCGACUCACUCUCUUGCCUUCUCUCUCUCGCUGAUUUCUCCCCACGUCAUAUAGAGAUCCGGGGUUAGGGUUUUUCACUUCUCUAUUGCUUCUUCGAGCGAUCUUUAACAAGAUCUGAGAUGGCCUUAUGUACAUCUGACAAAAAAGCAUUGAAGCGGAGCACCUGUGGAUUGGACUUGGUGAACAUCAAACUGGAUUUUGAUUGGGAAGAUGUUAAAUGCUCGAUCUGUUUGGAAUUUCCUCACAAUGGGGUACUACUUUGGUGCUCUUCGCAUGACAAGGGAUGUCGGCCUUUCAUGUGUGAUACUGGUCAAAACCACUCAAAUUGUUUGGAGCGGUUCAAAAGUGCAUAUGGAGUGCCUGCUGUUUUAGAAGUCCCAUCUGGUCCAAAUGGUGUAUCUGUGACGUUCAUUCAAGGCACCUCUUCAAGCUCCAGCGGCCUUCCAACCUGUCCAUUGUGCAGGGGAGAUGUAACUGGUUGGCUUAUUAUUGAUGAUGCCCGUUUUUACUUGAACAUGAAGAAACGAUGUUGUGAAGAGAAACAUUGUACAUAUGUUGGCAACUUUUAUAAGCUCCAGAAACAUGCUCAACGGAAACACCCCCAUUCACGUCCUUCUGAAAUUGAUCCUGCACAAAAACUAAAGUGGGAAAAGUUCCAGCAGUCAUCAGAGAUGAUAGAUGUCUUGAGCAUCAUAAAUUCAGAAGUACCCCAUGCCGUGGUAUUGGGGGACUAUGUCAUUGAGUAUGAGGACUCAGAAAUUGGUGAUGAGUAUGAAGAUUUUCGUAGGAGGAGGGGAAAAUGGUGGACCUCUCUUUUAUGUUGUAAACUGUUUCUGAGCUUUAGGGGUUUGAGGAAUCGGCGGAGAUCCAGAAGACGUGUACGAAGCAAUCAUUGGUCAAACUAUGAUGGUUUCUAUGUAGGUGAAGAUUCUUCAAGGUCUGUACAUAUAAGAGAUUACAGAUUUCCUGCAACUGAUGUUCAAUUUGAAAGAACCGCUGUUGGUGGUGCCACAAGAUCUGUAGACACAAGAGAUUACAGAUUUGCUGAAACCAAUGAUGAACUUGCAAGAACUGCCAUUGGUGCUGCCACAGGGUCUGUAGAUACAAGAGAUUACAGAUUUACUGAAACCAAUGAUGAACUUGCAAGAGCUGCUGCCAUAAGACCUGUAGAGUUAAGAGAUUACAGAUUCGCUGAAACCAACGAUGAACUUGUAAGAACUGCUGCCACAUCACUGGUGAUCCCCAAUCAAUACAGAAGACCAUGUACUUUGAAUUAUGAGAUAUCGUAGUCAGACUGCUCGCCAUAAGAUUGGUAUGGAAUGUACGAUUACCAUUUCUAUUAUUGAUGGCCACACGAAUGUGCAGCAGUCGGUUGGUCCUCUUGGGACAUGCUUUUCAUUUUGUUAGGUUUGAAUUCUUUCUCGUUGUUAUAGGUUUUUCCUGUUGACAGUACUCUGUGAAUAUAUAAUCAUCAACCAAAUCUUCAGGAAACAUCAAUGUGGGCUUUUCUUGUU